AUGUCUACCGAAAUUCCUACUACAACACCUGGUUCACCUGGUGAGGAUACCAGAACUUAUAAAUCUCUUGGUCAUGACUAUGCUACUGUAAGCACUAUCAACAAUGAAUAUACUGGUAGGAAAGCACCUGUGUUUAAUGGUGACUCGUCCAUUUUUGAAUGGUGGAAAGAAAGAAUCUACAGUCAUAUAACUGGUAUUGAUGAAGAGUUAUGGGAUCUGGUUGAAGAAGGUGUUGAGUUUGAAAAGGUACCUUUACCUGAGAAUGGAAGGCUGACAGUCGCUGAAAAGAAACUACUUACUCCUGCUGAGAGAAAGAUCUACAGUAAACAUCAUAAAGUCAAGGACAUCAUGAUUGGAGCCAUCAGUCAUGAUGAAUAUGUGAGAAUUGGAGAUAAGAAAACUGCAAAAUCCGUAUAUGACUCUCUGUGCUCUACAUAUGAUGGAAAUGAAAAAGUGCAAGAGGCAAAAGCUAGUCUUCUGAUCAAACAGUAUGAACUUUUCUCAAUGGAUAAGGGUGAAACCAUUGAGGCUAUGUUUACAAGAUUUCAAAUUCUUGUAGCCGGUCUCAAAGUCCUAAAGAAAAGCUAUACUACUUAUGAUCAUGUUCAGAAGAUUCUGAGGAGCCUACCAAUUGUGUGGAGACCAAAAAUCACCGCCAUUGAGGAAGCUCAGAAUCUCAAAACUAUGACUCUUGAGACUCUGAUAAGCAAUCUUAGAAGCCAUGAGAUGGUUCUAAAUGCUGAUGCAGAAGGAGUAAAGAAAUCUAAGUCAGUGGCUUUGCAGUCAACAAAGAUUUCUUCUCCAGCUCUCAAGGGUAGAAUAGAGGAGAUUGAUGAAGAAUCUUCUGCAGAUGGUCAAGAAGAUGAUCUCAAUGAAGAUGAGUUUGCACUCUUCACUAAGUUCCAACAAUGGUCAAGAUUCAACAAGAAGAACUUCAGAGGAAACAAUUCAAAAACCUUUGCGAAGAAAGAUGAUCAAAAGAAUUGUUUUAAGUGCAAAAAGACUGGGCAUUUCAUUGCUGAAUGUUCAGAAAUGUCUUCAAGAGACAACAACAAAAAGGGUAACUCCAGAAGAGAGUACUAUAAGAACAAGCUGAAGAAGAGUCUGAUGGCUACAUUUGAGAAUCUCUCAUCUGAAGAUGAAGCAGAGGAAGAAGCAAAUGUGGCACUGAUGGCUUCUGCUGAUUCAGACAUAGAUUCAGAUGAUGAGCUUGAAGAAGUUUCAGAACAAAAAGAAGAGGUAAUUUCAUCCCUAACUAGAAAUCAACUUAUAAAAGCUUUAAAUCAAACUGUUGACAAAUAUCUUGAAACAUCAGAAAAGCUAGAAUUUUUGCAAAGCAAGUAUGAUGUAGCAAUUGAAAAUGAGAACCAAUUUCAAGCUGUGCUUCAAGAAAAUCUUAACAAAAUAGCAGAGCUUGAAAAGGGUUGUCCCAUUUGUCAUAAACCUAGAGACAAACAUGAAAUUGCUCUUCAACAGUUUAUGCAUUUAAACUUGAAUAAGAGUAAAAUUGCUUCUAUGAUUUAUGGUGUUUGCCAACAUGGUUUGAAUGGUCUGGGAUAUGAGUAUGGUCAAACAUACACAACCGCAUUCAAAACUGUAUGCAAAAUCGUAGGAAGAUCUAAGGUCUAUUAUUGUGUGCCUGAAAACAAAGAUGUAAAGAUUUUAACUUGUCCAGAUUCUGCAACUAUUUUUUUAAAGAAAUCUGAAGAGGUUGAGUCAGAAGAUCUGAGUGACUCAGAAUCAGAAUGCAAUAUCUUAGAAGAUCCAGAGUAUUCAGAACCUGAGACUAAUAAGUCAAAAGUUCUGAACAUCUCAGAAUCUAAGACUGGUGUUACUGAUAACCAAGAAGGUCUGAACCUUAAUGCUUGUAAAGAAAAACAACCUAGUAACUCAGAAAGAGAAAUUGUCGAAAUAGAAGACUUAGAGUACUAUUCUGAGUCUGAAAUUUUUACAAUGGAUAAUAUGAGUUCUAUGGUUUCUGAAAAUAACAAGCAUACAGGUUCAAACAGAACCAUCACUCAGAAAAACAAAACUGCAAAAACUUCAGAUAACAAGCCAAGGAAAUAUUUCAAACCUAAGAUAAUUUAUGAUUCAAGAACCAGGAAGUCUAAUGAUCAGAGGUUCUGGAAUCAUAAAAUUUCAACAGCUUGGAACAAGAAAACUUCUCAAAAUAACUACUAUUAUUUUAAGCAAAACUCUAAGUAUCAGACACACAAAAAUAAGUCCUUAAGAACUAAUCAAAAUGGACCCAGAAGCAAAUGGGUACCAAAACAAAAAGUUGUUUAUUUGUCAGAUUUACCAACUAGGAAAGACUUUGUCUUACCUAAGGCUUGGGUGCAAGUCAGAUGCAAAGGCAGGAAAGCAUUUGUUCCAAGGAUGUGUUUAAUCUCCAAGGAUGAUGACUACUGGAGUGAAUACAUCAAUGAGACCAAAGCCUACUAUCAUGAUAACUGA